CAGGAUCCUGACGGUCAAUCUGAGAUCUAAGAUCUUAUAGUCAAUCAUGUGGCGAGGAUCGACGGCUAAAAAAUGUAACGAUCUUCUAUUAGUUACUAGUAUCACUUGUGUUCCAAAAAAAAAAAAGUUACUAGUAUUACUUUCUUUGCCUUUUCCUUUUUGGUCCAUGCAAGACAAGUUACACGAUAAUUACCUACUUAUAGUAACUCCUACAUGUACUGAGGUACUCACGCUUUUCCAUAGACUCUUACCAACCGAAAACUAUAUUUUGACCUGAUAGCUUGUUGUGCAUAAAUGCAUAAUGAUUUAUUUUAUAAAAUAUACGGGAACUAUAGUAUUAUUUAGAUGAUCAAGUUUAACGAUAAGGAAUCAAACCCACCAUAUUAAUAUAUUCGUUGCCUUGCUAGUUGUUACAUGCGUACUCCUCUUAUGUACAUAACACGGUAUGCAAAAAGAAACAAUGGUUGAAGCAAUAAUAUUGAUUUUUUUCUCUGUGGUUAAUUAGGAUCCUGACCGUGUUCGUAGGUUUAUAAAACCCUUCUUCACAUCAGUAAGUUCGUUUGAAUGCAUGGUGGAAUUUGGAAUUUGCACUAAGAUAAGAAGACAAAUUUGAAUAUUUAAUUUAAUAUGUACAUCAUAUACAUGUAUAAACAGAGUUAAAAAUGAAAAAUUUCCUUAGAUUUAUAAAUAUGUUGUAUAAGUUAAAGAAGGGGAUGGGCCACAAGUUGCUAUAUAAGUCCUUCCACUUCUUGAAAUAUUACUUGAGUUCUGAUUGGGCAGUAGUACCAUUGCCAUUUCUCACACAUACCAAUUAUCUAAAAAAAAAAACCCAAAUUUUCAUUUUUGUAAGCUUUUCUCGGUUUCUCUCCAUACCGAUUUCAACAACUUCUCUAUGGACUCUGACAUAAUGAACAUGAUGAUGCAACAAAUAGAGAAGCUUCCUGAAUUUUGUAACACAAAUCCCUCUCUCAUCGACCACAACAACAACAACACUUACCCUUUUCUGUUCAACUCAAACCACAACCAUUCUGACUCAAUGACCGAACCCGGAUUACUCACUAACCCUUCUUCUCUCUCUCCCAACACAAUUUACUCUUCCGUUUUGCACCACAAAAGAAGCAAUAGUAGCAACACCAAUAGCACGAACAUGGAAGCGAUGCGAGAGAUGAUUUAUCGAAUUGCCGUGAUGCAACCGAUACAUAUCGACCCCGAGGCCGUAAAGCCACCUAGGAGGAGGAACGUCAGGAUCUCUAAAGAUCCACAGAGUGUUGCUGCUCGUCACCGAAGGGAGAGGAUAAGCGAGAGGAUUCGGAUUUUGCAACGUCUUGUUCCUGGUGGGACCAAGAUGGAUACAGCUUCGAUGCUCGACGAAGCUAUUCAUUAUGUGAAGUUUCUAAAGAAGCAAGUGCAGACGCUGGAGCAACAAGCGGUGGAUACUAGCGGCGGUGGAAUGACGGCAGCGGUAAGUGGUGGUUCCGAGCUCACGUUCUAUGCUCUUGCGGAGCCACAAAACUCUAACCAAGCAGAUGUCUUCUGGAUCAUCCACGAACUUCUCUACGAGGAGCUUAGAUUCGGGUCGGGUUAUCGGGUCGGUACUUCGAGAUGGGUGGAGUUUUCUGGAGCGAAGCGGCGGUGGAUCGCUGCCGGAGAAACUCUGGCUCCACCUCAUCGUCAUGGUCAUCUCACUCUACAUCGCCGGACCUUCCAAGAAAGGAAACUCCAAAACUCCAAAAUGGGUGAACCAGUACGUAAACGGAUCGGUUCGGUUUUGAGAGGAGGCGGGUGGGAGGAAUCCGAUAUCGACGAUAUGAUCCACGUGUCGGCAUCUGGUUUCUUUGAGAGUGAAGUGGUAGUUUUGGACAAUCAAACGGUUCUUGAUGUGCUUCUUUUGAAAGUGGGUAGGUUAUCGGAGUUGCUCCGUAAAACUGGGUGGAGCUCCGAAGAAGUAUCGGAUGCUCUUGGUUUUGAAUAUCGACGGGAGAAAGAAAGAAAGCCGGUGAAGAAAUUAUCGCCUGAGCUUAUAGAACGAGUUGAAAAACUUGGUGAAUGGGUUUCCCGGUUGUGA